GUUUAGAGAAAGAGAAGAAGACUUGUUCAAAGAGAGAAAGAAGAGAUCACACACAACAUGGAUCAUCAUCAACUCUUCUCUCUCUGCUCAUUUUCGUACAUCUUCAAAAUCAAGAAACAUCUAUUCGUUAGCCUCUUUCUACUUAGCCUCCUCAUCUUCUCGAGCGUCGUCGUCGACGUCUUGCCCUUUCUUCGUAUCGGAUUGUUGUCGUCGUCAUCGCAAACCGUAACAAAGGAGUGCGAUUACUCCGAAGGCAGAUGGGUUCGUCGAACAUCAUCUGAUAAUGGAUUACUAUACGGUGAAGAGUGUCGCUUUCUUGAUUCUGGUUUUCGUUGUCAUAAGCAUGGGAGAAAAGAUUCUGGUUAUCUUGAUUGGCGAUGGCAACCACACGGCUGCGAUCUUCCUCGAUUUAACGCAAGUGAUUUUCUUGAGAGGAGUCGGAACGGGAGGAUAGUGUUCGUGGGAGAUUCUAUAGGAAGAAACCAGUGGGAAUCUCUUAUGUGCAUGCUCUCACAAGCAAUACCUAAUAAAUCUGAAAUCUAUGAAGUAAAUGGGAACCCCAUAACUAAACACAAGGGCUUUCUCUCCAUGCGAUUCCCUCGGCAAAACCUCACUGUUGAGUAUCACAGAACACCCUUUCUUGUCGUGAUUGGCCGGCCACCGGAUAAAUCACCGAAAGAUGUCAAAACCACUGUGAGAGUCGACGAAUUUAACUGGCAGUCAAAAAGAUGGGUCGGCUCAGAUGUUCUGGUCUUCAAUUCAGGGCAUUGGUGGAACGAAGACAAAACUGUGUUAACAGGAUGCUAUUUUGAGGAGGGAAGGAAAGUGAACAAGACAAUGGGAGUAAUGGAGGCAUUUGAAAAGUCUUUGAAGACAUGGAAGUCAUGGGUCUUAGAGAAACUUGAUCCUGACAAGAGUUAUGUCUUCUUCAGAAGCUACUCUCCAGUGCACUACAGAAAUGGGACAUGGAAUACGGGUGGUCUAUGUGAUGCAGAUAUUGAGCCUGAGACUGAUAAAAGGAAGAUGGAACCUGAUGCGAGUCACAAUGAAUAUGUCUAUAAAAGUUCAGGAAAGAUGGUCAUAUUUCUCGGUAUCGAGAGCAAGGCACUUCUGUUGAUGUUCCUCAAGACUGUAGCCACUGGUGCCUACCCGGCGUACCAGAUACAUGGAAUGAGAUUCUCUAUGCGCAACUCUUGUCAAUGAACUACAGAACAAAGUGAUUUCUUAAGG